AUAACUGUUAUUAUUGGAAGGCAGUAUCAGUUGAGGUCUGGGGUAUAUAAACUUGCGAAUUUGAGUAGUCAAAGCACAUUCACGGAAGCAGUCACAGCCCAACGCAACCAUGAAAGGAGCUCUCGUUUGCAUUUGCCUUGCCCUCUUCAUGGCGCUCUACGGCGCCGAAUACGUCUGCAAUCGCGAUAGCAACAACGAGCCUGACUGCACCAACGCCAGCAACCUGUUAGUCCCUAUCCGAAACUUCUAUGAUCCAACUCGGUACUGGAAUUGCACAUCCGUCUCCAAUAACGCAGCUUCGGUUGGUAUAUGCAAUGGUACGGGAUUUGACCCGACAUUGAUGAAAUGCGUCAAUUGGACCGAAUGGAAAUGGACUCCGUACUGCCCUUAAUUUGAUGACAUGUCGUUAAUAAAAUAAAAUUGCAUGGCAAAUUAAAUAA